AUGUUGAGUGGCGCGCUACUGCAGCCGCUCCUUCCGUCUCAAUUGAAGAGCCAGCAGCUCGGGCCAGCGCUAUACGGUACACUGCAGAGCUUGUGCAACGCCUGCGGCUUCAGCAUAGCGUUUGGCGCGGUCGCGGACCGUCAUGGCCCAAAGCGUGCGAUGCUCAUGUCUACAUUGCUCUCUGUCUGCUCCACUCUAUGCUACCUGCUGCGCGGGAGCGGCCUAUGGCUUCCCUGCACCGGCCGUGUGCUGGCUGAGGUGGCCAAAGGGUCGCUCCAGCCGCCGGUGAAGCUGCUCGCGACGCGACACGGCACUGCGGCCGCGGCGGUGGGCCAGACGUUCGGCGCCCUCGGGCUCGGCUUCUCGGUUGGUAAUGCCAUCGGAGGUAGGUUGAGCACCGGAGGCUUGACUGCGCCACUCGGGCUUGCCUCCCUCUGCGCGACGGCCAAUAUUCUCCUCGUCGCAGCUUGUCUACCUCACGUCGACCCCGCCGCGGCCGUCACGGCCCAGCGGUUCGGGUACACCUCGCUAGAGCAAGGCUACCUGCUUGCGCUCGUGGGGUGGGAAUUUGGCGUCUCGAACCUGCUGCUCGUCCCGAGUCUCGUGCAGCAGCAGCGGCUGAGCCGGCGGAGGCUGCUGCACGCCGCGCUCGGCUUGAUCGCGCUGGUCUUCGUCUGCUGCUUCCUGCCAAUCACGCUCGGGGUGGGCUGCGUGCUCACGUUGCUCACCGCUCUCCUCGGCGAGGCGUGCCCCGCGGAGUGCCGCGGAUCGCUGCUCGGCAUCGGCGACUCUGCUUGGUCGCUCUCGCCGGCGUGCUCAUGCCGGCGGCAGCUCUACGAACGGCUCGGCGCCACCGCGCCGGCGCUCGGCUCGAGCCUGCUCUGCCUCGUCGGAAUGACGGCGGCUUGGAACACAUCGAUGCCCAGCAGGACAAGCGGAAAGAGGCAUAGAGCUAGGCGAGACGAGAAACGGGAGGCCGAGCUGACGCCCGAGCUUCUCGUGUGCUUGCGUGCGGUACCAUGA